UGCGUGUGUGUGUGUGUGUGCAGUGAGGGAGGGAUAUAAGUGUCCGUGUGACUGUGUGCGGACUGUGUCUGCUCAUCCUUUGCUCCGGCUACUCAGACAGAAUGCUUUCCUUACUGUUCUGUGCUGUGCUCUGCGCCAGCUGCAUGGCAACACCUGCCCUCGAAUACUACUCAUACUCUCGUGCUGUUGGAACUGGUAGUGGUACUUCCUUUUCCACAGUAGGAGUUGGAAGCAUCACAGCGAUCAGGGUCUGGGAGGUCCAAAAUAAUUACAUCGCUGGUAUCCAUCUGCGUUAUGAUUACAUUUGGUCCAAAAUGAUUGGGCGCACAUAUGGAACUGUCAAUGAGCUGAGACUAUUUGAUGGAGAGCGAAUUGUCCAGGUCUCCGGUAAAUACUACAGCUACAUCCAACAGCUGAUAUUUGUGACCUCCAGAGGGCGAACCCUGACUGUCGGCCAGCCUUCUCAGUUCUCCUUCAACUUCUACCCAACCCACCCAGACGCAGAGCUCAAACUGCUGAGCGGCCGCGUUAAUACCGCUGGGAUUACUUCACUGGGAGCUCACUGGGCAGUCAUGAGGAAUGGCACCAGCAUAUAAUGAACAACUGAAAAACUGGGUGAUGAUCUACUAUUGAUUAUUUUCAUUGAAGGAUCAAUCAGUUCUCUGAAAUCUUUCUGUACGGAACAAUGUAACAGUGGGGACAAAAAAGAAUUGAAAUGGUAGCUGCAGUUGAAAUUACAGGACACAACUAAUGUGCACAAAUCAGCCCAAUAUUCUUAUGUGUCACAUGAAGGUGCAUUAAUAAAUAAUUUUCCACUUCAUCUGUAUCCCUUGGGAAGGAAACCUGUAUUUCACUUUUAAUCCAAAUCACACGUAUUUUAAGGAAAGAGGAUUUUAUUUUCUGCACAUUUUUAAUGGUUGAGAAAUUUUUGAAUCAUGUUUAAAUGUUCAAUCUGAGUCAGAUUGCAUUAUGUUGCAUGCAUGAGCAUGAGCACUGAAUACAACAACAUUUUCUGCGAUUGAUUAUUCAUACUUUGUGAAAAACCCAAUUAAAAGCAACUUCAAAAAAUC